AUGGCUCUUCAAACCAUCGGCAUCGUCGCCAUUGCGGUGGUCUAUUUCCUCAUUCGCUACUUCAACCGAACGGAUAUUCCAUUCAUAAAAGGGCUGCCUGAGCCACGCGGUCUGCCCAUCGUGGGUAAUUUGAUUCAACUCGGCGACCAACACGCUACCGUCGCUGCGAAGUGGGCAAAGAACGGGUAUGGUCCCGUGUUUCAGGUUCGACUGGGUAACAAGCGCGUCGUCUUCGCCAACACAUUCGAUUCCGUCCGCCAACUCUGGAUUAAAGAUCAAGCAGCUCUUAUUUCGCGACCCACCUUCCAUACAUUCCACAGCGUCGUCUCUAGCUCGCAGGGUUUUACCAUUGGCACAUCGCCCUGGGAUGAAUCGUGUAAACGCCGGCGCAAGGCCGCUGCAACAGCUCUGAACCGUCCAAAUGUGCAAUCCCUGAUGCCCAUUAUUGACCUUGAGGCAACCGCUAGUAUCAAGGAUCUCUUCAGAGACAGUGUCAACGGGGCCGUGGACAUUAACCCCACCGCGUACUUCCAGCGCUUUGCGUUGAACACGAGUCUGACGCUCAAUUACGGCAUACGAAUCGAGGACGAGCAGUUAUUGAAGGAGAUCGUCGAUGUCGAACGAGGCGUGUCGAACUUUAGAAGUACAAGUAACCAAUGGGCGGACUACAUUCCACUUUUAAGACUCGUGCCCAAGACAAACGGCGAGGCACAGGAAUUCCGGAGGCGGCGUGAUAAGUACUUAGCAUAUCUACUCGACGUUCUAAAGGACCGCAUCGCGAAGGGAACCGAUAAGCCUUGCAUUACGGGUAGUAUCUUGAAAGAUCCUGAGGCUAAGCUGAAUGACGCUGAGAUCAAGAGUCUAUGCCUAACCAUGGUCUCUGCGGGACUAGACACUGUCCCUGGGAACCUAAUCAUGGGAAUUGCCUACCUCGCGUCCGAAGACGGCCAGCGCAUUCAGAAGAAGGCAUACGAUGAGAUCAGGCACGUCUAUCCGGACGGCGACGCCUGGGAAAAAUGCCUCGUCGAAGAGAAGGUGCCGUACGUGACCGCGUUAGUCAAGGAGACGCUACGCUUCUGGACGGUCAUUCCAAUCUGUCUCCCGCGAGAAAGCACAAAGGAUAUUGUCUGGAAUGGCGCUGUUAUACCGAAGGGCACGACCUUUUUCAUGAACGCCUGGGCAGCCGACUACGACGAAUCCCACUUCACCAACCCAACUCAAUUCCUUCCAGAGCGCUAUCUCGAAGCUGCAACCGACGGUUCCGGGACCCCACACUACGGCUACGGCGCUGGCUCUCGUAUGUGCGCGGGGAGCCAUUUGGCGAACCGCGAGCUCUUUACCGCAUACAUCCGCCUGAUCACAGCGUUCACGAUGCACCCAGCCUCAAAUCCGGCCGAUCGCCCGAUUCUCGACGCGAUUGAAUGCAAUGCCAUUCCGACUGCACUGACGACGGAGCCGAAGCCGUUUAAGGUCGGAUUUAAGGCGCGGGAUCCGGAGAUGCUGAAGAAGUGGAUCGAGGAGAGUGAGCUGCGCACAAAGGAACUGAACUAGCUUCUUUAAGUGCUUGCAUUUCGCGGGAGUGAUAGAUUGUAUUGUAUGGUCUCUUAUGGGCGCGACCUGUGAUAUAGAGUACAAUGAGCUGUGCCCAUAUUAGUCCGGAUGACGAAGAUGACGGUGGUGUUUAGAGAGAUCCCGGUUACUUGUGUGUUGGACUGGAACACGCGAUAAACAAUCUUUUAUUACUGUACCCUACAUAGCCAUAAGGAGGUCGACUUCAAGGAGAAACUGACUAAAUAUUAAAUACUC